CUUCGAGUUAGGAGGGAAAGAUGUCCUUUCCACCUUUAAAAUGCGCCGAUGGGGGGCACAGUUUCCGCAGUCUCCGCCCAUAUUGCCGGAGCAACAAGGAUUUUGACUGCAUAGUUUCUGAAGCUAAUCGGAGAAGCUCCCUCUGUCCAUUUUAUACACUGCCGCGUUGUUACGACUUUAUGUGUUAAGCUUACUGAAUCGUCUUUGGAACAAAGAACUGAUUUUUUUGUCCCCCCCUCUAAAAAAGCCUUUAGGGACGUCUUUAAAUGUUGUAUAAACUGCUGGGGGAGUAGUUUAUUCUCCUUUGGACUUCCCUCGCCUUGCGAUAGGCUUCUCGCUGAAUGAGUGGGUGAUUCGAGGGACUUCCAGGCUUGUGCACAAUAGAGUGAAUGUGUGUCGCGGAGGGAAGAGCGAGGUCCGUCAGCGAGUGCCCGGUGUUCUGGGGAUGCUUCGCUCUGGGGCUGGUGCGAUUCUCUUCGUAGCUCCGGCACUCGUCUCGUACGCUUUGUCCGAUCGCUUCCCCACGCUAUGGAGCUGCGCAUAUUUGUCAUCGCAGCCGGUUCCUUUCCAAAAGCCAGGCACUUUCCAGCAAAGGCGGUCUUAAGCGUUGUUCACAUUUUGGCUAUCGCGGUUACAGCAAGCAGGACAGGUGUUAAGAACAAAUGCACUGCCGAAAAAACGAACCGUUGUUCCGAAUGCCUGCUCCUUGGUCCUGAAUGUGGAUGGUGCUUUCAAAAGGAAUUUUCAGAGGGAACACUGCAAAGAAGGUGUGACUUGAUCACCGACCUGAUUCAAAAAGGCUGUGAUUCCGAUUACAUUGAAUCUCAUGAUGUCAAAAAAGUAGUGGAAGAACAAAAAUAUUCUCAGCUGGUCCCUGGAAAAGUCUCUUUACAACUACAACCAGGUGGUGAGACAAGUUUAAUAGUGGAUGUUCAUCAACUGAGAAACUACCCUGUAGAUCUCUAUCAUUUAGUUGAUACAUCGGCAUCAAUGGUGACCAAUCUGGAAAGGCUACACUCCAUGGGAUAUUCUGUAUCACAAAGAAUGGCAAAAUAUUCCAGUGAUUUUCAGUUUGGGUUUGGAUCAUUUGUUGAUAAGCCAGUAUCUCCAUAUAUUAACAUUCAUCCAGACAAGCUUAUUAAUCCAUGCAGCGUUUAUGAAACAUCUUGUCAUCCUGCUCAUGGGUUUAUGCAUGUGCUGUCGCUGACUGACAAUAUAACUGAAUUCAAGGAAGCAGUGGAGAAGCAAACUAUUUCUGGAAAUGAGGACACACCUGAAGGAGGUUUGGAUGCAUUGCUCCAGGUUGCAGUUUGUGAGAGCCAAAUAGGAUGGCGUAAGGAAGCAAAGCGUUUGCUGCUGCUAAUAACUGAUCAGCUAUCUCACUUGGCACUUGACAGCAGAUUGGGAGGUAUUGUCCUGCCUAACGAUGGGAACUGCCACCUAAAGGACAAUAUGUACACUCAUUCGACUAUUAUGGAGCAUCCAUCUCUGGGAUUGCUUGUGGAUAAGUUGCUGGAAAAUAGUAUCCAUGUAAUUUUUGCAAUUCAGGGAUCAAGCAUCAACUGGUACAAGGAUCUUCUUCCACUGAUGCCUGGUGCAUUUGCUAGGCAGCUAAAUUCAGAACUGUCAAAUCUCUCUGAACUAGUGGAAGGCGCCUAUCAGGCACUGCUUUCUGAAGUAGAACUGCAGGUGGACAACCACAUCAGAGGGGUUUACGUGAACAUUACUGCAAUUUGUCCUGAUGGAAGCACAGUUACGGGGCAAAAUAAGUGCAGAAAUGUGAAACCUAAUGAAACAGCCUCAUUUAAUGUGACAAUUGGAGUGACAGAGUGUUUCGAAGGCAUCAAGUCUAUUAUUUUAAAACCCGUUGGAUACAAUGAAACAACUGUUAUUUCUAUAAGCAGCACUUGUACUUGUCAGUGCAAAGGACCUAAAGGUCAUGAGCCUGGAAGAUGCUUCAAUAAAGAGAUUGACCCAGAUUGUAGACUUUGCCAGUGUGAAGACAAUGCUACUAAUUCUUCCUGCAGAGGAUUGUCCCAAGAACAAUGUCUCACUGAAAGCUGCCGGCAAUAUAAACACCAACCUGUUUGCAGUAAUCGAGGGAUUUGCAACUGUGGGAAGUGUUUAUGCUACCAAACGAAACUAGGUAGAGUUUAUGGAAAAUAUUGUGAACUCGAUGACUUUUCUUGUCCUUAUCACCAAGGGCAGCUGUGUGCUGGGAAUGGUGAAUGUAAAGGAGGGAAAUGCCAGUGCCACUUGGGCUGGCAAGGUGAAAGCUGUAACUGUUCUUCAUCUCUGAUGUCCUGCAAAACAGAGCAGGGUCAGAUCUGCAGCGGAAGAGGAGUGUGUGUCUGCGGCAGUUGUCAUUGCAUUGACUCCAGAGCCUCUGGCCCUUUGUGCGAGCUUUGCCCAACGUGUGAAAGUUCCUGUGAACAUAGCCGGAAGUGUGUUCAGUGUCAUGUAUUAAACUACUGGACAGUAUAUCCUGCCAAUUGCAGCACCUCAUGUUCUCAAAUGAUGGUAGUGGACAAGAUUUCAGAAUCUGAGGAAGAAAAAUCACAAUACUGUGUCUUUCAAGAAAAUGAUAAAUUGUUAUACAAAUUUAAAAUGGUCACAACGAACACUGAAAAAGAACUUCUUUAUGUACUGAAAAGCCCAGAAUACUAUUCUAGACACAAGGUUCUUGCAACAUUUCUUAUCUUUUCUGCUGGUACAUUCAUCACAGGAUUAAUCAUUGUGAUCGUAAUUAGGCAGAUAAUGAUGCACUGGAAUUCGAAUGAAUCAACUCACCCUGGAAAUAAUUGCAAAGUAUCUCCUCCACAAAAAGUAGAACUGAUAGGUUACAGAUGUACAAAUAGCCAGAAAGUUUAAAAGGUGUUUAGAUAAUUUCUGGUAAAUUAUUGUGAUGAAAAUAUGCUGAUAUAAACUACUGAAGGUGUAAAUUUACUUCCCUUUAUAAGGAAGGAACUUCAUUAUCUAUAGUUAGUUCAAAUACUGUAUCUUUCAAGCAUGACAAACCAAAGGAGUUUCAUGCAUACGUUGACAAAUGACAGGUAAUUCAGAACAGUAAAUUACAAUAGAAACUUUGAAAGAAUAGUGUAGGAUCCCAAACUGGUUAAUAGAUUUCAAAUAAUCAGAAUGUGGAAGACAAUGAACAUUCUCUCUGAUCUGACCCAUUCAGAAAGGCAGCAUUUUCAACUACCUACAAUAUUAAUUGCUUAUUGGAUUCAGAUUUGAAUAUUUCUGCCAAUUUUAUUGAAUGAGGAAAUCUGUGCCAUAGAGUGAAAUUAUUCUUGGCUACUAAUGCAAUUAAGGCAGCAGAAUUGGAAAAUCUAUUUGAAAGAUAUAAAGUGGGUUGCCAAUUCAUUAUCAGUUGCUUUCUGCUCUAGGCCAAAUUUCAGCCAUAGAUUUUGAUUGCUCCCCAUAAUCAAAACUUCCUAGCAUCAAUCUAUCUUUAUAUUUACAACCUAUACUCAUUUAUUCUAGUAUUACAGCUUAACUUUAAGUCACGUUCUUCAUUUUCCUUUUUUAUACCAUUUACAAAUACUGUCUCAGUCACCUCCCAUUAAAAAUGAAUACUUUCACUUGCUUCUGUUUUCUGUUAUAAUUCAGUGCUGUGAAAUAGAUUUUUUUCUGAAAGAUCUGCUUCUAUGUAUCUGAAUACUAGAUAUGACAUGAAAUUGCAUUUAAUUUUCAAGAAUUCAUGUGAUGAAUUGAUAUUCUGCCUUUACUGCAACCUCAGAUGAAUUAUCUCUCAUUCAGAAUCAAACUAAUAGAAAUUAAAUGUGAAUUAAAUUUUAAGUAAUGAUCACUAGAGAGCUAUCAUAUAAUUCUGAAAAAAGCAGCAUUUCUUCAAAACAUUUUAUUUGAUAAUGUGCUGUAAUUUAUGUGAACUAUGGCUCCUAGAACCAGUUUUUGUGCAAUAUAUUUUUAAGCAAAUCCCUGGAAAUAAUAGAAAUAUUAUUGUGAUUUCUACAAAGUACACAUUUACAAAAUGAUUACCAAUAUUGAAUUGGUUCUAAAUACAAUCUGUGAAAUUAAUUCUCAAGAAGGUAAAUACUGUGAUCAUUAAUUAACAAUUUCACCUUCAUUUACUCUCAGUGUUAUAUUUCCGAUCAUCAAUAUCUAUACUUACUUUCAAUUGCUAUUUAUGUUUUUAAAUAUCUUGAAAUUGCUAAUGUAUCUUUAGUAAGUAUAGUAAGUAUAUACUGAUUAUCUGAAAUAAAGUGGGAAUGAAUUUCCACGGUAGGACCCUAUUUAUAAGCUGGUUGCUCUAAAAUUAGCCAUGCAACCCUUCACAACACUGGUGAGGUUACUCUUUACAUCUUUACUUCAGAUUUCAAAGCCCAUGUUUUCUUAGAAGUUCCUUAAAAUUAUAGUCAACAAUCUCUCUCAACCCUUGAAACUAAGCAUGAUCCAAGGUUUUCUAGGAUAUGCACUAAUUAUUACUUCCUGUCACAAGUUCUUCAUUGUAAUCAAAACAUCCCCUGUUCACCAAGGCAAACACGAGGAAAUCUGCAGAUGCUGGAAAUUCAAGCAACAGACACAAAAUGUUGGUGGAACGCAACAGGACAGGCAGCAUC